AAAAAUGAUUGCCUCUUUCGGCCGAUCACAUUGGACCAUUAUUCGCGAAUGGUUCCAGGAUACCUCGUCUAAAUUUGGCCAAGUAUGGUCCACCAAUGAAGGAAGCGAUUGUUUCUACGCGCUGGAUGUCUUACUUCAUCUGGCUGGAGUUCCCAAUGAACUCACUUCGAAAUGGCGCUGGGAAAGUACAGUUCGCUACUUUCUUCAUGCUUUGUACGCUUUCCAAACGGUCAUAGCAUUCCUGCAGACGAAACACGUGAUUGAGCGGGAUAAUGUGUUCGACUUAUUUGUCGAGGUCAUGAAGUGGACCUUUUUCAUUGUGGCCUACUUCAAAAUGUUCAUUAUGAUCCGGUUGGGUCGAUCGGUAGCUGCCGUCCGGAAGUUCAUAGCCGGCAAAGAAAUGCAGUCCGGAGACGCGGCCUUCGAUGAGCUGCAGCGGAUGAAAUUCAAAAGAUCUGCGCUUUUCUUGCUGAGAAUUCUAUUCGUGCUGAUGGUGAUGGAUGCCAUUUUCCUGUCUGUUCCGAGCGGAGCGACGGCAAUUGUGUUUUUCGUUCCACCGGAGAUGAAAAGCGCUGGGCCGACGGCGACGGUGAUAAUUCAUUUUUUCGGCAUAAGCCUAAUGCCAUUUUUGAUUCUUUGUAAAUUUUCUUGCAAUAUGGCGACCGUUGGAAUGCUUUUGAUGGGGAUGCAGGCUAACAUAAAAAUUUUGGCUAAUCGGUACGUUAAAAUAUUGGAUAAGAGUUUCGAUACAGAACACCAUUUGGAGCAACUGGAUCGGGAGGUGCGAAGCGCCGUGGAUCAACAGAUGGAAUACUGGAGACAUCUCCACAUCCUAAGGAAUCUUGUCGAAAAAACGUUUUUCCUGGUACACUACUACGCCAUUUUCAGCAUCGGAGGAUUUUACUACAUCACCCAGAACAUCGGCGUCAAUGCAUUCUCGGCCCUGCUGAUGGCCACAACGCCCAUCUUCCUGGUGGAAUACUACCUGUGGUGUAAUUUGGUCGAGUCUAUUCAGAAUGAGGCCGAAACGAUUGGAGACGUGAUGUACGAGUUGUGUGCCAAGAUGCCGUACAAUCGGGAGAAGCAUUCGGCUUAUGUUCGGUUGAAGUCCAACAAGCUGAUUCUGUGGAUAAACAGUUGCAACAUCCGGGCGAUGAAAUGUUUGGGGCUGUUUGAUAUUUCCACGCUGGCGUUCGUCGAUUUGGUCAAUGUGAGCUACUCGGUGCUGAUGUUCCUGAUCAAUAUGAGUUAAAUUUGAAUUGUAGGGAAUGAAGUCGUUACCAAGACAAUUUCUAAGUUUUUUCACAAUACAGUUUUUUAGAACCUUAAACUUAUCUAAACCUUAUCAAGGCUGUAUAACGUUCAAUCAUCAUAAACAAUAGCAUGGAACGAGCUCACCAGUUAACAUUUGUCCUUGUGUCCAUUGGAAAAAAUACAAAUAAAAAGUAGCUGCUACAAUGUUCUAACACCAAUAAAUCACAUAAAAAAAUAAGUAAUGACAUGAGGAAAUUAAAGUGGUACCUGACAGACAUCAGGUUAACAUAAGCUUCUAAACUAUUGGUACUAUCCUGCAUACUAAAUCUGUCAGUUAUCAUAGGCUAGGCCCAAUUUAAAGAGUUCUUUCAAUUUUGAAAGAAUUCAUCUUAUGUACCUUCUUCUUCUUCUUUGUGGCUCUACGUCCCCACUGGGACUUGGCCUGCCGCGCUUCAACUAAGUGUUCUUUGAGCACUUCCACAGUUAUUAAUUGAAGGGCAUUCUUUGCCUGCCAUUGCAUGAAUUUGUUUAUUGUGAGGCAAGUACAAUGAUACACUAUGCCCAGUGAGUCGAUAAAAUUGUCCUGACCAGAUCGGGAAUCGAACCCGCCGUCUCCGGAUUGGCGAUCCAUAGCCUUAACCACUAGGCUAACUGGAGACUGUAUGUACCUUAUGUACAUAUAAUAAAAAAACAUAUGCUGCAGGGAUGGGAACACUCACUUUCAAGGAGUUACACUCACUUGCUACCCAAGUAACCAAAAGUUCAGAUAAAAGGGUACUUUAUAAGCUAAGCAGCUUGUUCGAGGUUGCUCAUUAGCUUUCUAAGCAGCUUCAUUUUUAAGUAAUUUUGGAACUUGAAAGUUCACAUAAGCACGCUGGAUAGCCUUCUAAGCAGCUUCUGACAGAACUUUGACAAAAUGCAUGCAGAAACAAAAAAGAGUUUUCAGAAUCACAGACCUGUUUGGUGGGUUUGUGAUUCAUGUCUGGAAAUUGCUUCUGAUAAUUAUAUUUUCACACAUGUCGCUGCUAUGUUGAUUUGAACUGGAUCCUCCUGCGUGAUAGCCUGCCGACUUACCGCUGCGCUGCUGAAGACACUUGACAUAGUUAAGCUAACUUCCCUACUGCACAAAUGUGCAAAACUAAACUAGCUGCCGACAGAAAAUCGAUUCAAGUCACACUUUACCUGCUGACCACUCAAUCACAACUGUAGUACUGUGGUAGAGCGUAGGGUUCACACGCAGCGACUAUCGGUUCGAAUCCGAUGGGCAGCAAUUUUUUUGCUUAAGCUUAGUAUUCAUUGAUUUGAUGAAUACAUAUUUGUUUUUUAUUCGUGUAUGCUUAAACAGUUGUUUUCUGUAAAAAAAAUAAAUUUUAUCUUCAUUGAAACAUAAUGCUACUGAACUGAACUUCUAUGAACUUGAAAGUUCCGACGAAGUUCCGAGUAGCAUC